UAAAUUUAAACAUGGAUUUGAGAGCGAUAGCAUGAACGCAGUUCUGAAUCGACGUCACUCACGUAGCCUUGGCGUGCCUGCAGGCAAAUAACAUGGAGUCGAGCGGGUUCAUGGAAAAAAAUGUAGCACCGAUGUGACAAAAUUAUAGCAACACACUCUACAUGCAUUCAUGGACUGAGGAUAUCCGUAGCUUUGUUCCAUAUGAAGCAUGGAGAACGGUGCGUAAACAACUCCUUUCCUCAGACCUCAAGCCAGGCCGUUUUCCUGGAAGAGAACACCACACAAUGUAGACUGUAGUGGUCAGUAGUGGGACGCCAUACUGUGCUCUGGGGACCAUGGAGCUAGAGGGGGACUCUCUUUCUCCCAGGGAUUCCUUCACCUCAGUGAGCAGCUAUGGGCCACCACCCUCAUUCUCAGCACAGGACACCGCAACACACAACCUCCUAAAUCACACCUUACAGGUUUCAGACGAGCUCACCUUCAGUGGGAGCCCAUGGUCCAGUGGUGACAAUGGGGACUUUGAGAGGACCGGAGGCCCCUUAUCCCAGGUGGAAUCAGGGAGGAGUGCACAGAGGAGCAUCAGGCCCUCAGCCUUUCCCUCCUCCCUGACCUGGGACUCUGACUCUGAGAAAGAGACACUAGACGAGGAGGAGCUACAGCACUUUUCUAACCCUCAUGGUCUGGCCGCUCACAGCCCAGGAUCCCCCUCCUCUGGACUCAGACCUGACAGUGAGGAUCACCAAGCACCUGAACAAUUGCAGCACGUACCCACUGAGACAAACCUACUCAGCCAUGUGGAGGAGCGGGACCAAGACAAGCCUAACACACACAGAGAGAAGCCAAAAAAGGGCCAACAUAGUUCAAAAGAAUUGGGAGAUGACAGAGUCUGGAAUAUAUCGGAGAAAGCUGAACUGUUUCAGUCCAAAGUGACAUCAAAGGAGGGGCGCAAAAUUGAAGAGGAAAAAGAGGAAGAGGACCUGACAGGGAAGGACAAGGAACCUGAGCGGGAUGUGUACACCUUUCCUGGAGACUCAGACACAGAGAGCCCCCCACCAGCACCCUGGGCACACUGCACCUUCAUCCAGCGUCGGAAGAAGAAAAGGGCCCUGCUCAGGCCCUUCUCUGGUCAGGGCUCCUGGGAACGCACAUCGACAGGAGCUGGUAAGAAGGCAAGGGGUGCUUCCUCAAGAGCAAAGAGCUUGGUGCCAGUGAAGGUGAGUGGAGGGGCCUAUGACUUUAAGGAGGACUUGGAAAAGGCAACAGAGGAUCUGGAGAAGGUAGAAGAGGAAAAGGGUGGUGAAGAAGGAGGAGGAGAGGGAGAGCUUGGUGAAGAGAUUUUCACAUGUGUGGAAUGUAGCAUUUACUUCAAGAAGCAGGUCUACCUGCAGGAUCACAUGCAAGAGCACAGUCAGAGCAGGCCGGGGGCUGGCAGGAGGGAGCGCGGAGUGAAGGGCGCACGAUUUCGGUGCGCGGAGUGUGGAUGGAACCUGUCAAACAGGCUGGCUCUGGCGGACCACAACAGACGACACCAGGAGUCUCGUCAGAAGAUCCUGGAGGAGAUUGGGAAGCUGAGUGACAGUGGGAAAGGAGAGACUACGCAGGGUGAGCCGAGCAAGGUGACCAAACCUGCAAGCCCAGUCCUAGAACCAUAUGUAGCUCCAGUCAUGACUCCAACUCUAGUCCCAUUCACAGAGCCAGUCCCAGCUCCAUUCACAGAGCCAGAUCCAGCUCCAUUCACAGAGCCAGAUCCAGCUACAUUCACAGAGCCAGAUCCAGCUCCAUUCACAGAGCCAGAUCCAGUCCCAGUUCCAGUCCGGGCCCCAGUCAAAGCUCGAGCCAAAACCCCAGUCAAAGCAAAGGUCAAAGGCCCAGCCAAUCGUCGCUAUCUCUGCCUCAAGUGUGACUUCAGUACACGCACCUCACAGGCAUUGGCCAACCACGCCAAGACCCACAACAGAAAACCUACUGGUCUGCAGCGAGCCUCUCCACGCUUUCAGCCAAAGCUCACUCCUAUGGAGCCUCCUGUGUCACCUGGAUCUGCCUCUGGCUUGACCUCCAUCUCUCUCACUUGUGAUCAGUGUGCCUUCCAGGCCUCCAGUCAAACUGUUCUAAAGGAGCACCAACACGUGGCUCACCCUGCGCAGACCUCCAUCUGUGGGGAAGGGCCUGAAGAGAUUAACCGUCCAGGGUCCAGAAUUGAUGCCUCCUCUCCACCAUGUUCUGAUAAGCUUUCUAAGCCUGUCUCUCCACCAGAGGGCCAAAGCCAGUCAAAGGCCAGUAAGUCUUCCUCUAGUUGGAUCUCUGCUAUGAAGGACAGUGACACACAGCCCCAACCAUCAAACACUGCUACAGCUCCCCAGCGUAGAGAGUUAGCCUUUAAGACCAUCGGGAACACGAGGGCAAAUAGGAGAGGGAAGGCGGGGACAGAACUCCUCCGGCCAAAUCCCAGACUGGACAGCGGUCCACCUGAGACCGAUGAUGCACAAAGACAGCGCCAGAGCCCUGACCUGGCAGCCGAUAUGAACCAAAAAGAGACUGAAUCACUUGUUGGAUCCAAACCGCUCACCAGGGCUCGAUCCCUCCGAGAUGACUCCUCUCUAAAACAACAGAGCCUCACAGCCUCAAGCUCUACAGAAGGGAAGCCCGUGAAGGAAGAGGAAGAGGACGGGGAGACAAAGGUUGCUUUUGAAAAGAAGAGUAACAAGGUUUUUGCUGCUGAAAAUGACGAUGAAGAGGAAGAGGAGAAUAUCCGGCGUUUCCUAGAGGAGGGCAUAUCAGAUGAGGAUUAUGAGGAGAUUGAUGAGGAAACAGGGACCCUGAAGAGCGUGGAGAGGAAAUGCCCGUACUGCCCUGAUCGCUUCCACAACGGCAUCGGGCUGGCCAAUCAUGUGAGGGGCCACCUCAACCGAGUGGGCGUCAGCUAUAACGUGCGCCACUUCAUAUCCCCUGAGGAGGUCAAUGCCAUUGAGAAGAAGUUCUCCUACCAGAAGAAGAAGAAAAAGGUUGCCAACUUUGACCCGGAUACGUUCAGUGUGAUGCGCUGUGAGUUCUGCAGUGCUGGCUUUGACACCCGGGCUGGCCUGUCCAGCCACGCCAGGGCGCACCUGCGGGACUUUGGGAUUACUAACUGGGAGGUGACUGUCUCGCCCAUCCAUAUCCUCCGGGAGCUCUUCUCCAGCCGCCCAGACCUGGUCCUCCCCACAGCCCCCCCACGCAGCCCAGCCUCAGACGAGGAGGAGGAAGACCUGGUCCUCCCCACAGCCCCCCAAAGCAGCCCAGCCUCAGAUGAGGAGGAGGACGAAGACCUGGAGACGGAGGAGGAAGAACCAGGGGGAGGGGAGGGGAGUGAAGAGGCAACAGGUGCAACAGUCUCCAACCUACUGCCAUCGUCGCCUUCUCAGCCUUGGAAGAAAGACCACAGCGUUGGUGAGCCUGAAGGCGGGGAGGAGGAAGAGCAGAUGCCAGCACUGGACAGCUUGACCUCCAGCCCAGGGAGGAAGGGUCUGUUUUCCCUGGACCCAGAGAGCCCCUCCCCGAGGGAUGAAGCUGACAUCAAGGUGUCCAACCUUUUAAAGUGUGAGGUGUGCAGUGCCCCCUUUGAGACGAGGCGGGGCCUAUCUAGUCACGCCCGUUCCCACCUGCGCCAGCUGGGCAUCGGCAUGUCGGAGAGCAGCGGGGCACCCAUCGACCUCCUCUACCAGAUCACCAAGGAGCGUGGUCUGGAUGGGCACUUCCCCCCUCCCCUCCCCCUCCCCCCCGUCGCCAAGAAGCCCCUUCCCGUCCUGCCAACCCCACGGAAAGAGGAGAGAUAUCAAGACACAGACAUGGAUGAGAAACCCAUCCCUCUCUCCAUUCCCUCCCCUGUGGCCUCCCCUCCCCCCUCCUCCCUCAUCAGGGCCUGCUCCCCUUCUUCUGUGGUGAGGAAGGCCCCCAUCUCUUCUCUGCUGCCUGUGUCAUCCCCCUACGCUGUCUGGACCAUAAGCCUGGAGGGGAGACUGAUGCCCCACUCAACCUCAGUAACAUUGGAGGUGGACCCCAACAAGGACAUAGUGUGCCAGCUGUGUGGCGCCUGGUUCGAGACGCGGAAGGGCCUGUCCAGCCAUGCCCGAGCCCACCUGCGUCACUUUGGGGUGGAGUACUCAGAGUCCAAAGGUUCCCCCAUAGACCUCCUCAACCAGCUCAUUCACACUGAUGACUUCAAGCACAGAGCCAGCGCCCUGCAGCCUGAGGGGCCCCAAGGACUCAGGGGCCUCACAGCCAGCCUCUCCUUCCCCAAACGCUCCCUCCUCACAACCUCCUCCACACCUCUCCUCUACAAGGUCACUACGAUGGGGGGCGGAUCUGGGUCCAAAGCUACCUCUUCCUCAGCUUCCUCAAUGUUUGGCCCGCCCUCCAAACGUCCCAAGUCCUCCAAAUUACAGGUCUUCCGUUUGAGUGGCGGGGAACUCACGCCCAUCCCCCACAGUGAACCAGUGAAGGAGAUCGGCUGUGAGUUCUGUGGGGAGUACUUUGAGAACCGUAAAGGUCUCUCCAGUCACGCGCGUUCCCACCUGCGCCAGAUGGGCAUCACAGAGUGGACAGUCAACGGUUCCCCCAUAGACACCCUGCGAGAGCUGAUCACACGUCGAGGUCUACCAUGCGCCCUGCCCCUCAAGCCCCUAAAAUCUCCCCCUCCAUCCCCCGGACCCCCUCGCUCCCCCUUGUCCUCCCCUGCCUCGCCCAGCCUCCUGAGUCGCCUCCCUUUUGCCUUCGCCCACCCUCCCAGCCACCAGUCCACAGUGCGUAAGAUGGGCUCAGCUCCACCGGCCUCCCCUAGCCUGAUAGUCAAGCUGAAGCCUGAGCCUAUGCAGCUGGAAGUCACCAUGCCAGGAGCGGUGGGGGGAGCAGCGGCAUACUCCUCUGAGCCACUGAAUUGCAGUUGGAGCAGCUCCGACAAUAUGCUCCCUCUUAACUUGGUCACAGCCCAUGAAGUAGAGCCCACUCGGGACAUCCGCUGUGAGUUCUGUGGGGAGUACUUUGAGAACCGUAAAGGUCUCUCCAGCCACGCCCGUUCCCACCUGCGCCAGAUGGGCAUCACAGAGUGGACAGUCAACGGCUCCCCCAUAGACACCCUGAGAGAACUCAUGCACAAGAAUGGGGGCACCUCGUCCCCAGCCCCGGGGCUGAAGAAGGAGACCAGCCAGGAGUCCAGCCCCACCUGGGAAGGCCUGGUGGGGGGCCUGGGUUACCAGUCGCCCAAGUUCUCCCGCAAAUCCCCCCUCAACCUGCUGCACUCUGGCUCCCGGCUUCAUAAGCACGGCCUGGGGGCGGUGGGCCUCUCCUCCACCCCUCCCGCCGGGAAGUUUUUUGCGGUGUCCCUGCUGGGUAAAAGACCCAUGUCGGAGGAGGGCCGUCCAGUUGAGAGGUCACCAUCCCACCCCCAGUCCUUUUCGCCCCUGCCACAUGACCUCUCCAUCAAAGGGAAGUCCUCUCCAGACAAGAAUGCCGGAGGGCACCUGGGUGCCAGCUGUGAGCUGUGUGGGUUCUACUUUGAGAACCGCAAGGCGUUGGCUAGCCACGCGCGGGCCCACCUGCGGCAGUUUGGCGUGACAGAGUGGUGUGUGAACGGUUCGCCCAUCGAGACGCUGAGUGCCUGGAUGCGCAGCCGGCCCCACAGGGUGGUGGAGAUGCACCGCAGCUACAUGCAGGGCUCCAACCGCUCCACCUCCAAGAAGAAAAGCAGCUCGUCUCUCUCCCCAUCGUCCGACUCUGACCUCCUCCCCCCCAUGCCCUCCCAGAAGCAUUCCUCCUCCUCCCAGUGGGCGGCUCUGGGGCUGGCCCAGGCCAGACGGGUAGGCCGGGAGCUCACCCUGGCAUCACCCCGGGCAGCAGAGGGUGAUGCAGGUCUCACUCCCCCCUCCCGACCAAGCCACAGCAGCCACAGUCCCAGCCCCGCCCGACUUUCCAACACCCUUCCUCCCCACACACAGGUGGCCCGCAGCGAGCUCAACGUGCGCCUGCCCAGAGGCUUUGAGCGGCGACCUCUUAAACACCCCUCCCACUCAGAGGGAGGAGAGAGGGACAGUGGCACCCCCAAGCCCCCUCGCACCGGCACCAUUCCUGCCCUGGUGCCCAAACCCCCUUCCACCCCCCUGGUCAAAGUGGUGGGAAAGAUCUACUCCCUCAGGUGCCGGUUCUGUGAGGUGGAGUUCCAGGGUCCUCUCUCUGUGCAGGAGGACUGGAUCCGCCACCUCCAGCAGCACAUCCUCAACCUCAACUACAACAAGCCUGCUCCCUCUACCACAGAUCCCCCAGCCCAAGACCACAACCCAACCCCAACCUCAACCUCAGUCCCAGCCACUACCUCCAGCUUCACCACAACUCCUGCCCCCACCUCAACCUCACCCUCCAUCCACACCCACACCACAGCUCCUACUGUUCCCCCUCCUUGCAGCCCCUCUCCUCCCCCAAUGGCUGAGUCUGCUCCAAUUGUCACUGCCACUCCAAUGGCAACAGCCUCAGCAGAGUCCACCCUCACCCCAAUCCUGAUCCCCACCCUGUCCUUGUAACCCCCAGGUCCAUAACAAUCCACACAUUCUUCUAACCAUCUUGUUCUGCCACGUCUUUGCCAUGCCUUGUUUCCAUCCACUUGUUCCUUCGGCCUCAACACUGGGGACCUGUUGUUGAAGUGUUUAAAGAGAAGCUUUCCCCCAACGAGCUCUCUCAACCCCCAGCCUCUCCUAGGAAGCGCUGCAGAUGGUUACAAAGCCCCAUUGCCAUGGGAACCCAAGCUCUCCUGACCAGAGUGGGUGAUUGCAACUGUCUAGGGCUUCGCGGUCUGCUGUUUCUUCUUUGUUUGGACUUGUUUGAGCUGAAUGUUCAGUUUGUAACGUGGACAGUUACACUUCCUGCCGCUCAGUGGUUAACCGAGAGGUUAACUUAAAACCAUAUUGAACUUUGACCUAUCUCCCUGCUCUAAACAGUGCUUUACAAAGACCUGAUAGGCUCCGCCCAUUUAUAUUUGAAGCACUUAAGAGGAGCACACUCAUGGCUCCUGCUUUACUUCCCUCAGCAACAUUUUAAAAGGAGUUUAAAUCAUGUUUUUGUAUUCAUGCUUAGUCUAUGGUACAGACUUAAAAAAGCCCAUUUACACGUUAUUUUGAUAAGACAAUUUUAACGUAGACAAUAUCACCUAGCACUUAACUAAAUGCCCCAUUGAUUAGGGCAGUAAUGAUGAGGAAAAGGCCCCUUUCAGAGAAAAAGAAGGACCCUGUAGAGGAAGCAGCACCUUGAAGGGACGUCCCAUUCACCUUAGUGUUAGGCUGACAGGUGCAGUCACACAGUAACUUAAUGUUUUCUGAAUGUAGUUAAAGGGAUAGUUCACCCAAAUUACAUAUUGGUUUCCUGACCCUGUAAGCAGUCUAUGGACAAGGUAUCACAGCAAUCCACGCUGUGGUUUAGUUUCAUUGUCACCCUUUCCAAAUUUUGUGGCACAAAUCCAAUUUAAGUAAUGGCUAUAUGAUAUUAGCAUUUUUCUAACAUCAUGUCCAAAUCAUUCGGAAAAUGUCUAAAAGCACAACAAAGUCACUUAUAUAUAAAUGCUGAUAUCGGUCCCAUGGGAUUUGAAAACAGUGCCAGGGAAACGAAACCAGGAUUGCUGUCAUACCUUAUCUAUAGACUGUUUACAGGGUAAGGAAACCAAUGUGUAAUUUGGGUGAACUAUCCCCUUUAAUGCACUUAUUAUUUGAGAUGAUUGUGCCAUAUUAAAUUAGGCUGGUCAUUAUGUUAUUCCAUAGUUUGAUGUCCCCAACACUGUUUAGCUAACUGCGUUUAAGCUCUUGAUGAAACUCCUCUAUUCUUUAGAUGAAUGGGUCCAUAGAAGUAUUGACAGUCACUAUUUCAAGUUUCAAUGCAGACACACAAUGUUGCCAUUUCUUUCUUGCCUUGUCAAUGAAACCCAAAACCUUGGUUGUUAUUUAUUAUACAUUUGAAUGUGGUGAACUAGGUUGUUUUUUUAGGCUCAAUUAGAACAUUGGAAUGUUUGAAAUUAGGCCAGUGACACUUUUAUCUAAGUGCAUAAGCUAUGUGUGUUUGUUUGUUUGUUUGUGUGUGUGUGUAUUUUUGCACAAGAGGUGCAUGUGUAUGUCUUUCAAUGACUUUUAAAUGCUAGACAGAGGUCAACAGUAGCUAACACACAGGACCUCUCUGUAGCUACAAAUCUAGCUAAUCAUGGGAUCUGGUCUAUUUUUCAGUCUGAUCAGGACUUGACUGCAUCUGCCAUUCUCCUAAGGAUGUGCCAAAGAGUGUGUUUACUCCCUGGUCUCGCCUCUGUAAGCUGUUUACAUGGGACCUGUUCAUAGGGAGGAGCUCUGCACAGCUACGGAGCAACCAAGGCUCCUCAUUGGACGUGGGACAUGUAUCGGUGUACAUCUGGAUCCAGUGUCUCCCAGUAUGUGAACCACAGAGUUGACUGACUGUUGCAGUGACAUACAUAAGCGGCCUUGGCUUCAUGGAACUGUUACACUACUGCAUUAUUGCACCCAGUACACGGACGCCCACAGAGGUUGCUAUCUGUCAGAGCUCUGUGAAGUAUUGGUGCCCUUAACUCCAGACGCAUUACGUAUGGCCUCUGGUGGAACAGCUUCUAAAUUGGGGCGACGCUGUCGCUCCAGCGUGUCUUCACAUUGCUUCAGGUAAGUGUUUAUAUUUCCUGCAAAGUAAAGCAAUAACUGAAGAGUCCAUACAGAAAUUAACUUUUCAAGUUUGUUCAAGCAUUAAACUAUGUUGAAAACAUGACUGUUUGUCCCUAACAAUCCCCCAUACCUUUUAUGGAAUAUAGAUACGUAUAUAUAACUACAUGUACUUAUGAAACUGUUGAUGCUAAUAGAGCUAUUAACAGUUCUAUUAACAGCUAGUUACAAAACAAAUGGAUCUUGAUUCCUUUUAUCGUGAUUUAGUUUCAUCCUUCUAUGACAUGUCUUUUUAUUGCUCUGUGCAUUUGUGUAUUUGCAGUCCAGGAGGUGAAACCUUGAUGAGUAUUUUUUAUUUUCUUUGUUAGCUAGUUUCUCCAAGCUGAACAUUGGUGCUCAUGAGAAUGGGAUGGUGAGGAUGGGGAGUGACUGAAGACGGGAGAAAAUGAGUGAUUGUUGUGUCCUAAGAUCAGAGGACUCUAAAUACUUCAGUCUUUAAAGGGGACCACUUUUGCACGUUCAGAUUUUCCUCCACCAGUGAGUGUUCACAUCGUGAUAGGGUUAGCCUCUGGCAGGUUUGUGACUGUGUUACCGUGUAAGAUGAGUUUCCGCUGGUGUUACAACUAAGUCCCCUUUAAGAUUGCCUGUGUGUACCCCUCAGCUGGUAUGACUGGCUGCAGAGGGUUGGUGUGUGUGUGAAUGAGUGUGUGGAGAGCUAAGACCAUGAUCUGAUGAUGAUAAUAAAAAAUAUUGAAGAAUUGUACUGUACACAAAGGGUUGAGGUUCAUGUGAAUCAGCUCCUGAACAAACAUUAAAUGUGAUUUCAAACUCA